CAUGACAUCUAUUGUUCAUCUGGUCUCAUGACAUCUAUUGUUCAUCUGGUCACAUGACAUCUAUUGUUCAUCUGGUCUCAUGACAUCUAUUGUUCAUCUGGUCACAUGACAUCUAUUGAUCUUCCUUUGUUGCUCUCCUGAAGGUUUCUUCCCUUUUUACCCCGUGAAACAUUUUUUUCUAUCUCUGGGGAGUUGUUCCUGAUCCGAUGUGAGGUCAAAGGUCAAAGGUCAGCGAUGUCUAUGUGUCUUUGUAUUUUGUAAUUAUGGGCUCUACACAAUAAACUGAAUUGAAAGUCACACACAGCUCCCCGUCCAACAGCACCACGUGUUUCCCUGGACUCUGUCGCACUCUAGUGGCGGUUUAUUGAACUGCAGCCACGGAAUGAAUCACACCUGUUGACUUGGAGCCACAGACACACACAGGUUGAGAUGGACACUGGCUGCACCCGGCGUCUAAUUAAACUGUCCUCCCAUGCUGUAUCCCAUCAGUCUGCAUCCGGGAACUAUUUAAAGUUGAAUCACUUUUCGUGUGUAUUUACUUUAAGAACCUGUAGAUUGUUUUCACGUGUGAAUACGACAUACGUCAUAUUCGCACGUUGCCACACACACACACACACACAUUGAGCCUUUAGGGUACAACAGGUGUGUAUGUGGCACAGUCCAGAAUACGCGACUCAAAUCGUGGGCGUCGGUCGGUGCGCGCGUGCGUUGUCCUCGUCGUUCAUCGUCUCUGAGGAAAACCAGCCGCUUCUUUCUCCGCUUUAUUUGGGUUUUUUCUUUUUUAGCUGAAAACCUGGCAACCCGCGUAGCAGCGAGCAGAGAGCCAACGAAGAGUUUCACGGGGACGCCGUCGGGGCUUCUGGCGUCACGUCAUUCACGGGUGGCGCGCGUGUCGCUCAGCGCGUGCCGGCGGACUCACGCGCGCAGGUGACACGCAGCACCUGUGUGAGACACCUGUUACUCACCGUUUACUGCUAGCUAUGUUGGCUAGCACGCUAGCUGAUACGCUAGCGCGCGCUGACGUUGACCAACGCGGGCACGAGCGUCAUGGUGUGUUUUAAAAAAAAAUUAAAAAAUGUUUUUUAACAACAUCCAGCGAACAAACACGAGUUGUAUUGCGUCUCGUGAUUCCCUCAGCACCGGGACGCCUCGCAGCUAACACCGACCGAGAGCUCAGGCGGCAGCUGAAUGUUUUCAUGGACCCCAAACGCAACAGAGCGAUAAAACCCACGGCUCCUGAACGCAACACGGCGGCCGGAGCUAGCGGCCCAAUAGUAAACAGCGGCCCCGCGGGGCCCGAGGCCUUCACUGACCAGCGGACAGCAGCGCGCUGUGUGUACGUGCUCCGCUGCGACGCGCAGAUGGGAAACACUCGUGAGAUCCGCGUGUUCACGUCCAGAGGGUCGGUGCGAGUUCUCCAGGUCACGUGACUGUUUAAAGACCAGCUGUUUAACAAGGACGUCCAGCAUGCCGGCCCGUUGGACGUGAGCGCCGCGGGAGGAGAGCGAUGGGCAACGCGGCCACCAAGUUCCGCAAGGCUGUGCUCAGCGGGGACGAGGCGCUGGCCGUCCACCUGUACGAGAGCAACCCGCAGUUCAAGGAGGCGCUGGACCCCAACGCCUCCUACGGAGAGUCCUACCAGCACAACACCCCGCUGCACUACGCUGCCCGGCACGCCAUGAGCCGCCUCCUCAGGUCUUUCCUCCUCAGUAAAGAUGGGAACCCUAACAAGCGUAACGUGCACAAUGAGACGGCCCUGCACCUGCUCUGCAUGGGGCCCCAGAUCCUGACCUCGGAGGGGGCCCCGCACCCCCGGCUCUCCCGGCCGUAUGAAGACGAGCGGCGGCGGGCCGAGUCCCUCCAGAUCCUGCUGGCGUGGACCGGAGCCAAGCUGGACCGCGGGGAGUACGAGCGCGCCGACGUCAACGCCACCGACAGCAGGAAGAGCUCCUGCCUGCACUACGCGGCGGCCGCCGGCAUGAAGGCGUGCGUGGAGCUCCUGGUGCAGAGAGGAGCCGACCUGUUCGCCGAGAACGAGGACCGCGAGACGCCGUGUGACCGCGCCGAGCAGCGGCGCCACGAGGAGCUGGCCCUGAGCCUGGAGUCACAGAUGGUCUUCUCCCUGGCGCCCGAGGCCGAGGAGGCCGAGUACGCAGCGCUGGACCGGAGAGAGCUGUAUGAAGGCCUGCGCCCUCAGGACCUCCGGAGGUUGAAGGACAUGCUGAUAGUGGAGACAGCCGACAUGCUGCAGGCGCCUCUCUUCACUGCAGAGGCUCUGCUCCGUGCCCAUGACUGGGACCGAGAGAAGCUCCUCGAGGCCUGGAUGAGCAACUCGGGGGAAUGCUGCCAGCGCUCCGGGGUCCAGAUGCCCAACCCGCCUCCCAGUGGGUACAACGCCUGGGACACGUUGCCCUCGCCGCGGACGCCGCGCGCCACGCGCUGCUCCGCCACCACCUCGCCACAACAAGUCAGCCUGCUGCCCGCCGGCGAGGAGGCGUCUCUGGUGAGAGGCGCCGCGGCUUCCCUUUCGCCCAAAUCAUGUUACACGGUCGUCAUCAGAUUGGCUGUGGAUGUCCUCCCUGCUCCUCCCUCCCUCAGGUUCCUCAAUCUGAAGAUCCAGGAGGGCGACGCCCACAACAUCUCCUGCCCGGCCGUCGGCUGCUACCAGCUGGUGCCGGUGGACGUCAUCGAGAGCGUGGUGUCCAGAGAGAUGGACCGGCGCUACCUCCAGUUUGACAUCAAGGCCUUCGUGGAGAACAACCCGGCGAUCCGCUGGUGUCCCGAGGCCGGCUGUGAGAGGGCGGUGAGGCUGAGCGGCCGGGGGACCGCCGACCCCCUGGGGUUCCCCCGCCUCCGGGCUCCGGCUGUAGACUGUGGCAAAGGACACCUCUUCUGCUGGGAGUGUCAAGGCGAGGCCCAUGAGCCCUGUGACUGCCUCACCUGGAGGUCGUGGCAGCAGAAAGUCUCUGAGAUGAGACCCGAUGAACUGGCCGGGGUGAGCGACGCCUACGAGGACGCCGCCAACAGCCUGUGGUUGCUCUCCAACUCAAAGUCCUGCGCCAACUGCAAGUCUCCGAUCCAGAAGAACGAGGGCUGCAACCACAUGCAGUGUGCCAAGUGUAAGUACGAUUUCUGCUGGAUCUGUCUGGAGGAGUGGAAGAAGCACAGCUCGUCCACGGGAGGCUACUACCGCUGCACUCGCUACGAAGUCAUCCAGCAGGUGGAGGAGCAGUCCAAGGAGAUCACGGAGGAGGCGGAACAGAAGCACAAGAGCUUUCAGGAGCUGGACCGGUUCAUGCACUACUUCACCCGCUUCAAGAACCACGAGCACAGCUGCCAGCUGGAGCAGCGGCUGCUGAAGACCGCCACGGAGAAGAUGGAGCAGCUCAGUCGAGCUCUGAGAGGAAGGGAAGGCGGCCCGCCCGACACGACCUUCAUCGAGGAUGCCGUCCUAGAACUCCUGAAGACUCGGCGCAUCCUGAAGUGCUCUUAUCCUUACGGCUUCUUCCUGGAGCCCAAGAGCACCAAGAAGGAGAUCUACGAGCUCAUGCAGACGGACCUGGAGAUGGUGACGGAGGACCUGGCCCAGAAGGUCAACCGGCCGUACCUCCGCACGCCGCGCCACAAGAUCAUCCGCGCGGCGUGUCUCGUGCAGCAGAAGCGGCAGGAGUUCCUGGCCUCGGUGGCCAGGGGAGUGGCCCCCAACGACUCUCCUGAGGCCCCCAGGCGCAGUUUUGCCGGCGGGACGUGGGACUGGGAGUAUUUGGGCUUCGCGUCAGCCGAGGAGUACGCCGAGUUCCAGUACCGACGGAGACACCGGCAGCGGCGGCGGGGAGACAUGUCCAGUCUCCGGAGCAACACGCCCGACCCCGACGACUCCAGCGACAGCAUCUUAGACGCUCAGGAGGAGGCAGCCGGGCGCAGACGGCAUCUGAUGGCUCUCGGUUCUCUGGACGACGACGACCCGAACAUCCUGCUGGCCAUCCAGCUGUCGCUCCAGGACUCGGCGAUGGCGGAGAUCUGGUCCGACCGCGCCGUCCCGGCCAACGCCGCCUCGCCGGGCGCCGUCGGCGCCUCGCCGCCCUCCCGGCUGGAGCAAAGCGCUCCGGGGGCGGAGCUCCUCUCCAGGGCAGCUCGGAGCGGCUCGGAGAGGCUGGACCUGGGGGACAACCUGGCGAGACUCGGCAACAUCGACAUCGACAUCGACAUCGUUACCGCGCAGCACCGCAACGGCCGCCGGCGGGCCCACGGGGCCUCGGCGCCGAUACCGGUGGCGCCGGGAGGCAGCGACUCCUCGACGGGCCUCUUCUCCUCGUCCAGCGACACGUUGGACUGCACCACGGGCGCCGGCCACGACCCGUCCACGUCCUCCGCCGCGGUGGCCGACGCUCGUCUGCUGGGCAACAUCGUGGCGUGGUUCCACGACAUGAAUCCUCGAGGCGUCGCCCUGGUGCCCCCGACCUCCUCCGACACCGACGCCGACCUGCAGGAGGGCGGGGGCGGGAAACCCCAGGAAGUGGCGGCGGAAGUGGGUUUCGUCUCUCGGAGACCACGCGGCAUGAGGAUGGAGGAGGAGGAGGAGCAGUGCGCCGUCGCCCAGAGGCCGACGCAGCUGGACCUCGAGCCGCUCCCCCUCACGGCUCUCGACCACGCCGAGCAGGGCGGCUCGAAGGUCCGGCGCGUCGACACGCCGCAGUGUGACUCGGGAUCCGACACGCUGCUCAGCACCAGCUCCUCCGAGUGGGAGGACCAGGACCAGGUGCACCUGGUCUGAGCUGAUUGGCUGAGUUGAGAGGCCCAAAACCACGACAGGUGUAAAUGAAACCAGAGGUGAGAGAUUCAGGUGGAAUGUCUACAGAAUGAAGAAUGUGUCCUUGGUAGUGUGGGGGGGGGGCAUCAGGACUGUAGAGCAGUGAAGUCGGGUCACGGUGUCGUCACCAUGACAACCAGCCCCCCCUCAGACACAAGCACUCACUGACAGCUUGAUGAAUCUUUCAUGGAUAUAUUUCCUAUAAUCUGCUGGUAGAAUUAUGCACAACAUUUUAGUUGAGCUUUUUUCUGAAAUCAGUUUUGUUUGAGAGGAGAUACUUAAGCAGGUAUUAUUAUUAUUCCUAUUAUUAUUAUUAUUACUAUGACUGCUGUAUGCGUCUGAAUCCGGUUGAGGAGGUUUCCUCUGCAGAGCAGCGUUCUCCAUAUUGAGUUGAGGUGGUUUCAGGUCUCCAUACAGAGUGCUGAGUCGCUCUGUAGACCAUGACGUGUGACUUAUUGUGUGAAACAUUCACACUAAACUAUUUAGAUUCAUCAGCCAGAAAACUGAAAGUCGGCAUUCUCCUUUUAAAAAAAACAUUUCAAAAUUGACCAGACGACGUUUUCAUGUUGAAGCCUCAGAACGCCGACGGGGCCCCGGGCCCCCGGGCCAUUCAGGGUCCUUGUUGUGGUCUCAGUCCUGCAGCUGAGCGGGACAGAGUCCACAGCGACUCGUCUGGUUUACACGCUGCAGGACAGAACCGGCUUUAGUGGCUUCACUCAUCACGUUGGAGUAACUCUCUCUGGGUCCACCACGGGCUCCUAGAGCUCUACGUGUGUUCCUAGAGCUCUACAUGUGUACCUAGAGCUCUACAUGUGUACCUAGAGCUCUACGUGUGUUCCUAGAGCUCUACAUGUGUACCUAGAGCUCUACAUGUGUACCUAGAGCUCUACGUGUGUACCUAGAGCUCUACGUGUGUACCUAGAGCUCUACAUGUGUUCCUAGAGCUCUACAUGUGUACCUAGAGAUCUACAU